AUGGCUGCGAAUUCUACAUGGCUAUACAGCCUUCCGAAUGAGAUUCUUUUCUCCAUCCUCUCCGGAUUCGAAACCCAGAGUCUUCUCCCAUGGGCCAUUGUCUCGCGCCGUUUCCAUUCCAUCAUCCUGCGGAUCCUGCAUUUCCGGCUCCUCCUCGCUGCAGCAUUGCCAGACUGCAAGCUCAUCCUCGAAGCUUACCACCCGAGUAGAAGAGACGGGGACUCAUCCCUACUCUGCACUUAUCUCGGUACCGACGGACUCGGUUCAAAGCACGAAGGUGAGGGGAGUCUGUACGAGGAAUGCGAGGGAGAACAAGGCAGAUUUGCGAAAUUAGGCGCGUUAUACAGUCGAUUCAGACCCGAAAGAUCGGGAGUACAGCGUUCAAUACCGUUACGACGAAUUGCUAGCACAGGACCAUCCCAAUCUUCGUCACAGCCUGCAUCAUCCGAUCCCUCCCAGUCGAACCGUGACGACGCAGGUGACAGCGCCGACUCCAAGGUGAUUCACAUCCUGAACCUCGACCCAGAUGAGCUGUUUGUUCAAUUCUGCGCAUAUCCGAGCUUGACCAGGCUUGGACCCACCCGAAGGCUUUUCUGGACCAACUUUGAAAUUGUGCAGUCUGGCCAAGGCGUUAUGAGGGUGUGGAAGCAGUGGUUGCAGGAUCGUGCUCAAGAACUCUGGCAACAAGAGCAAAACCCCGGGGUUGAGAUGGACCGAACAUCGACCACCACCAUCGGUGCUGACAAGAACAUUAUCUGGACAGACUACCGAAAGAAUGUUGGAUUACGAGUAGCAGUCCGAGAUCGGGAAGGAACCUGUUAUGGCAAGGAUCCUUGCGAGUUUGAUGAUUUGCCCAUGAGCUUCUCAAUUGAAAUACAGGAGCUCGUUGUGCGAACAACGCAUUUGAUGCUUGCUGUGGAAGCUUUCAUGCAGGAACAAGACAAUCGAUCAGGUAAAGCACUUAUAUUUGGCAAUUUCGCCUACGCACCCUCGUUUCCGGGCACGUGA